AUGUCGGAGGCCUUCAGCAGCGCCGUGCGCCUCGGGGGCCUCGACGACUACCUCAGCCCCGCCCAGGAAUGUGUGCUGCCGCUGCUGCAGCAAAGCAGCAGCACGGAGAGCCCGGGGGGCAGCGGGGACGCAGCAGCAGCUGCCAGUGCCCCUGCUGCUGCUGCUGCUGCUGCGGGCGCGGUGGCGGCCCGGCCCCGCCGCCGCAGAGCCCAGCAGCGAACAGCAGCAGCCGCGAGUGAAGAGGCAGCAGCAGCAAGUCAAGAGGCAGCAGCGGCAGGGAGAAAGGCAGCAGCAGCUACGGACGCUUCGCAAGCUGCAGCAGGAGCAGCAGCAGGAGCAGCAGCUGCUGCAGACAGCUUGUCUCCCGCGCCCGCCGCCGCAGCUGCUGCAGCCGGCGCAGCGGCUGCAGCAGCAGGCAGCGCAGCAGCCCCCGCAGCGGCAGCAGCAGCAGCGGCGCCGCAAGCUGCUGAGGGCCUCACCCGCGUGGGCAAAAUAUCUCUCUCCGACUGCCUUAGCUGCAGCGGCUGCUUAACUGCAGCAGAAGGAAUUCUUUUGGGUCAUCAGUCAGCAGAGCAGCUCUUCGCGCUGCUGUCGCAGCAGCAGCAGCAGCAGCAGCAGAUGCAGCAGGUGCAGCAGGUGCAGCAGCAGAUGCAGCAGGUGAAGCAGCAGGUGCAGCAGCAGGUGCAGCAGCAGGUGCGGCAGGAGGUGCAGCAGCAGAUGGAGCAGGUGCAGCAGCAGGCGCAGCAGUCUGUUGCUGCAGUGGCGCAGCACUUCGGCUGCUCCGCAGCAGCUGCUGCUGGGCGGCUGUCUUUUCUCUUUCGGCUCUUGGGCGCAGACUUUGUCUUCUCAGCAGCAGCAGCAGAAGCUCUGACUCUCCUGGAGGCCCACAAGGAGCUCGCAGGCAGACUCCGCAGCCACCAGGCCCUCCUCGAGGAACGCAGAGCAGCAGCAGCAGCAGGGGCUGCAGCAGGGGCAGCAGCAGGCGAUGCAGCAGAAGCUGCAGCAGGGGCUGCAGCGGGGGCUGCAGCAGCACCAGCACCAGCAGCAGCAGCACCAGCAGCAGCAGCAGCAGCAGCAGGAGCAGCAGCAGCGGGUUUGGCGUUGCUGCUGCCGAGCUCUGGGCCGCUGCCCCUGUUGACUUCGUUUUGCCCAGGCCUUGUGCUGUACGCAGAGAAGAGUCUGCAGCAGCAGCUGCUGCUGCUGCUGUCUCGAGUCCGCAGCGCGCAGCAAAUCCAGGGGCUGCUGUGCAAGUACGAAACGGCGCAGCGCCAGGCGGCGGAAGCUGAAGAAGCGGAGAAAUAUAUCCGUGCUUCUGCUGCGGCGCCGCGGACCCCGAGGACCUGCCAGGCGAGAUCUGGUCGCGAGGAAAGCUGCGAAGCUCUGGGCUGCGCUUUCCGCGAGAACUUGAACUAA